GCUAGCCUGUCUACUGGCACAAUAUUCUCUCACACUGCUCUAGCAUCGCUGUACGUCGACGACCAUGGCUUCCUACAAACUGCCCUUCGCUCUCUCCGUGGAGAACUUGAUCGGAUCUGCACCUGACGCUGUGGCGGACAUGAGAUCAUCCAGCCCCGAGAGCCUCCCGCUGAAGAAGCGCCACCUCCUGCUCCCCGCCGCACCCCCGAGCGCCGCGACGCUGCGCAGUGACGGGGAAACUUCCGAGGACGAGGAGAUCGACGUGGUGUCGGAGUGUGACGACCUGCGCAACACGGACUCACCUGCCUCCGACCGCUCCAGCCCGGCACCAUCUUCCUGCGGCGACAGCCCGUCCCCCUCCCCGGUAGGCCGUAAGGCACGCACGGCCUUCACCACAGAACAAGUCAUGGCUCUGGAGGAGCGUUUCCGCCUGCAGAAGUACCUGUCCGCUGCCGACCGGGAAACUCUGGCCAACGCCACGGGACUGACCGACGAGCAGGUGAAGACGUGGUUCCAGAACCGCCGAAUGAAGCUGAAGCGCCAGCAGCAAGACUUCGCCACCUUCCCGCUGCACGCCGCCGUCACCGUGCCCGGGAUGUCCGGCUACUCCCCACAGCCCAACCCCUGGUACGACUCCGCGCACUUCGUCCCGUCCCUCGGCACCGCCGUCUGUGGUCUGCGGCCUCACAUGCUGCCCCAGCCCGCCAACACCGUGAGCACCAGCCGUGGAACCAGGUACUCACCGUACCCGUCUGCCCGCGUGUCGCCGUCCGGCCACAGUCACCACCAGAUGUCCAACAUGUACCUGUCUCCGUACCAGAACAACGUGGCAGCGGCGCACUACCACAACCACAACAUGUCCGGCGUCUACAUGUAAACACCAGAGACACUUGAGAAAGACAAUUUGACUUUUACCGGCUACUGGAUA